UAAAGGACGCCAAAGAAUAUCAGUUAGUAGAGGAAAUGAGCUCACGACUCUCACUGCUGCCGUCCCUCCGCCCGUACGCUACUUACGCUGCCGUCUCCUCCGGCCCCGCUGACUCCACCGUCGCUGCCGCCCGCCCCCCAGUUCGAGGAAGCACCUUGAUCAGAUCCUCGAUGGAUGGUGGCGACGCGAGGUCGGCAGUUCAUAUGGGCGGGUUCCUCUCGAUGAGGCGCUACGACCCCCCUUCUUGGUCAUCGCAUCUCCGACCACUCCCCUCCCACACAUUUUCUCUUGGCCACCUUCCAACUCCCAUCCACAGAUGGAAUCUCCCUCAUUUGUCUGAUGGCGUGGAAGUCUGGAUAAAGCGUGAUGAUCUUUCAGGAAUGCAACUCAGCGGCAACAAAGUGAGGAAGCUGGAGUUCUUGAUGGCCGAUGCCAUCGAGAACGGAGCUGAUUGUGUCAUUACGGUGGGAGGGAUCCAGAGUAAUCACUGUCGUGCUACUGCUGUUGCUGCUAGAUAUCUAAAUCUUGAUUGCUAUCUGAUACUACGCACUUCCAAGGCUCUAGUGGAGAAGGACCCUGGUUUGGUUGGUAAUCUCCUUGUUGAACGAUUAGUUGGUGCUCAUAUUGAUCUUGUGUCCAAGGAGGAAUAUGCUAAGAUAGGCAGUGUGACCCUUGCUGACUUGCUAAAGAAGAAGCUAAUGAAGGAAGGGAGAAAUCCAUAUGUUAUUCCUGUCGGCGGAUCAAACUCUUUGGGGUCUUGGGGCUAUAUUGAAGCAAUAAAUGAGAUUGAGCAGCAAAUUCAAAGCAAUUGUGGUGUACCUCAAUUUGAUGACAUUGUUGUUGCAUGUGGCAGUGGUGGAACAAUUGCUGGACUCUCUCUGGGAUCAAAACUGAGUAAUUUGACGGCAAAAGUUCAUGCAUUUUCUGUCUGUGACGAUCCCAAUUAUUUCUACAACUUUGUUCAAGGUCUAAUUGAUGGUCUCAGAGCUGGUUCUGAUGCACGUGAUUUAGUUGAAAUUCAGGAUGCCAAGGGCUUAGGAUAUGCUAUGAGCACUGCAGAAGAGCUAAAAUUUGUUAAAGAUAUAGCAGCAGCUACUGGAGUUGUUCUUGAUCCAGUCUAUAGUGGAAAAGCUGCCUAUGGUAUGCUUAAAGAUAUGGCUUCGAACCCAGCAAAGUGGACAAAUCGGAAGGUUCUCUUCAUACACACAGGCGGUCUUCUUGGUUUGUAUGAUAAAGUCGAGGAAAUGACGUCUCUAGUAGCAGAUUGGAGGAAGAUGGAAAUAGAUGAAUCCACUCCGCGCGAAGAUGGAAUAGGAAAGAUGUUCUGAGGAGGAUUGCAAAAGACUAUUUAGUUCCAUGAGAAGAGUUCAAAGGACAACAGUGAUUAAGACCCUCGGCGUUGAAAGAGAAGAGUUCAAAAGACAACAACGAUUAAAAAUCUUGGCGUUGAAGGAUAAAUUUCUAGCAAGAGUGAAAUUAGUAGAAGAAUACUGUUAAAGAUUUAGUGAUGUGUGUAUAAAUUUACUACUGUAAAAUGGGGUUAUCAUGUAAAAAAAAAUUAUAGUUUGGUAGUAAAGGGUGAUGACAAAAAUCAUGUUUAUGGUUUCAAUGGAUGUGUGGGGAAUAAAUAUUCAACAACACCUGCAAUAUAAUGUACUCCAAUACUUAAUCGAUUUACAAGGUGCUCCACUAUGAUGCUUUAUUUUA